AUCUCCAAAAAAAUAGCUGCCUGGUUCGAACCUCUAAAAUCUGAGUGUAUACAUCGAGAAUUUUCUUCAGGAGGAAGCCUUUAUUACCGUUUUUCUCUCAAGGGUUUAUCUCCUCCUCCUGCAAGCUCUAAACCCUAACCCUAACCUGCCUUUACCCUGGAAUGGCAAGUUCAAUCUUAUCAGACAUGUUUGCCUCUGGCGGCGAAAAGCCGGUCCUCAUCCUGGACUUUGGUUCCCAAUACACUCACCUCAUAACACGCCGGAUUCGCCAACUCUCCAUCCUCACGGUUUGCAUCACAGGCACAUCUCCUCUCCAUGCAAUCGCUGCUUUGAAUCCCUGCGUCAUCAUCCUUUCCGGUGGGCCCAACUCCGUCCAUGCCAAUGACGCUCCAUCGUUUCCCGACGGUUUCCUGGAAUAUGCUGAGGAAAAUGGAGUGCCUGUGCUCGGAAUCUGCUAUGGGAUGCAGCUUCUCGUUCAGAAACUUGGAGGAAAGGUUGCCGAUGGAGAGAAGCAUGAAUAUGGCAAGAUGGUGAUUACUGUGGUCGAGGAGGAAAGCGAGUUUUUUGGCCCAGAGGCCUCUGGCGAGAUUCAGACGGUGUGGAUGAGCCAUGGAGAUGAGGCGCUGAGGUUGCCAGAGGGGUUCAAAGUAGUAGCCCGAAGUCUGCAGGGAUCCGUGGCCGCGAUUGAGAAUCCAUCGAAGAAGUUAUAUGGGCUGCAGUUCCACCCCGAGGUCACCCAUUCACCCAAAGGAAUGGAAUCUUUGCGGCAUUUUCUUAUCGAUGUCUGUGGGGUACCUGCUGACUGGAAUAUGGAGGAUGUCCUUGAGGAACAAAUCAAACACGUGAGGAGUAUGGUAGGACCUGAUGAACAUGUGAUUUGUGGAUUAUCAGGAGGAGUAGAUUCAACUGUUGCGGCCGUGCUUGUUCACAAGGCUAUUGGUGACCGGCUUCAUUGUCUUUUUGUUGACAAUGGUCUAUUAAGGUAUCAGGAGAGGGAGCGGGUUAUGUCAAGUUUUCGAAAUGAGUUGCAUUUGCCAGUUACUUGUAUUGAUGCAUCGGAAAAUUUUCUUGGUAAGCUUAAAGGUGUAAAAGAUCCAGAAAGGAAAAGAAAAAUCAUUGGAGAAGAGUUCAUACACGUUUUUGAAGGUUUUGCUCCAAAAGUUGGGGAGGAAGUGGGAAGAAAUCCUUUAUUCUUGGUUCAGGGAACUCUCUAUCCAGAUGUGAUUGAGUCGUGCCCACCCCCUGGAAGUGGAAGGAAUCACUCCCACACAAUUAAGAGCCAUCAUAAUGUUGGGGGACUUCCAGAGAGAAUGAAUUUGAAGCUGAUUGAACCACUUAAGCUCCUUUUCAAAGAUGAGGUUCGGCGAUUAGGAAAAUUUUUGAAUGUCCCUGAAUCAUUCUUGAAGAGACAUCCUUUCCCAGGACCUGGACUUGCUGUUCGGGUAUUGGGUGAUGUUACAGAAGGAAAUGCCUUGAACAUAUUACGUGAGGUAGAUGAAAUAUUUAUUCAGGCAAUCAAAGAUGCUGGCCUUUAUGACUCGAUCUGGCAAGCUUUUGCUGUUUUUUUGCCUGUCCGGACAGUUGGUGUUCAGGGCGACCAAAGAACACAUGCCAACGCUGUUGUGCUUAGAGCAAUUACAAGUGAGGAUGGAAUGACUGCAGACUGGUAUUAUUUUGAUCACAAGUUUCUCAUCGAUGUGGUCAGCAAGAUAUGUAACCAGGUUCGUGGAGUGAACAGGGUCUGCCAAGAUAUAACGUCAAAGCCGCCUGCAACGGUCGAGUGGGAAUGAACUUCGAUGUGGCAUCCGAAUUGAUAACCUAUUAAUUACGUUGACAAUCUAACUAGGAAGAUAUUAUCACUGAGUUCUGGUCGAGUAAGAGAUCUCGACAUGCAUUGGCUGGUCACCUUUUUUAGUUCAAAUUGAUUCGAUGAGAUCCACAGCUAUUACAAGGUUGGAAGGAAUAAUAUGGAAGACAAGGUACUCUCUUGCGUUAUGUUACAUGUAUGGUACAGCAUAUAUAUUUAUUUAUAUUUAUGCGUUUUAGUUAGGCUUACAGACUGCUGAAAGCUUUUUGUCAAAUUUUAAUGAUUUUUGGUGUAAUGACGUUUAUUUUGGUAAUCUUAUUUGGGUUAAGUUUUUUUUGUUUAAAACAAAUGUAAGAAUUUUUAUCUUUUAGGUGUUUUCAUUAAUGUAAAACAAAGGUGAAGUUAACAUUUAAUGUAUUUGGAAUGCAUCAAAUUA